GCUUCGGAGGCCGCUAGUCGGCCAGCGCGCAUGCCCGGGGCGGGGCGCUAGGCGGGAGCGCUGAGCCGGCGCGGGGGACGGCAGCGCGGAGUCCGCGGGUCCGCCCGCUAGCCUCGCCGGAGGCAGCCGAGGCCGCUCGGGCGGCGGCGGCAGCGGCUGGAGCUGGAGCGCAGCGCGCCAAGGAGACGAGCGGUGGCACAACAGGGAUGGGGAGACACUACAUGGUUCUGAGCAGAAGAGGGAUGAUCUGCCUUGGAUCUUGCUAAGAUCCUUCCAGCUGCUGUGUUGAGAAUGAACUGUCUGGAGCAAAGGAAAAAGCCAGGAUAAUCCAGAAUCAGAUAGCAGCCUGGGGCACAAGUACGGUCACGAGGGCAAUUGGGCCGUGCUGAAGACCCAGGCUGGCUCCAGCUUCUUUGAAAGAACUCCAGCCCCCCAACACCUCCGCCCACAGCCCUCUGCUGCCCACAGGAUGGGAGCCUGGGGGCUGGGAACUCAGCCAUGAGGGACUCCUGCCCCUCACAGCAAAAGGCCAGCCCUGCACUCCUGAGGCACACCCCUACCCAAAGCCCAGGCAUGGACUCUAGACACAGCAGCCCCAUUGGGGCUGGGGAAGGGGCCUCUUGUUCUGAGGGCCCUGGUGGGAGCUUGGCCUGCCCCUCCCUGACCUGCAUCUCUCCCCAAGAGGCAGCCACCAAGGAGACAUUGAUCUCAGGAACACAAGAAACCACCUACUCUGGGAAGCCAGACCCUGUGUCUUCAAUGAAAACUGAUCUCUCAUCCUUGGAGAAUAGAAAUCUUAUGUUUUUGGAGAAGAUGGAUUCCAAGUCUUCAAAGCAGGCAGAUUCUACUUCCAUAGGAAAGGAAGAUGCUGGGCCCUUGAGAAAAGCAGAUCCCAUGUUUAUAGUAAAAACCGAGCCUGCGGUCUUGGGAAAAGGGGAUCCUAUGGCUUCUGGAAGGAUGGAUCCUGUGACCCCAAGAAAGGAGGAUCCUGGAUCCUUGGGGAAGGUAGAGCCCGUGUGUUCUGACAAGGUGGAUACAGUGUCCCCACAGAAGGAGAGUCCUGUCUCCUCUACCAAAGUGGAUCCUGAGUUCCCAAGAAAGGAGGAGCCCAGGUAUUCAGGAAAAGAGCUUCCCAUGGCCUCAGAAGAGGUGGCUUCUGCAUCCGUGAGAAAGGCAGAUCUUGUGUCCUUGAGAAAGAGAGAUCCUGGGCCCUCAGGAAAGAUGGACCCCGUGUCCUUGGUAAACACAGACUCUGCAUCUUCAGGAAAGACAGAUCCUGCAUCCUUGGCAACACUGACUACAGGGUCAUCAGGCAAAAGCGAGCCAGUCUCCCCUGGAAUAGUGGCUCUGGGGUCCUCAGCAAGGAUGGCUCCUACUCACGUGGGGAUGACCGACCCUGCAUCGAUGGGAAGUACAGAAACUAUGUCCUCCACAAAAGAGGACCCUCAGUUCCUGGGGAAGAUGGAUCCUGCGUCCUCAGGAAAGGGAGACCCCAUGUCUAUGAGAGUGGAAAAAACCGUGUCUGCUGGGCAGGGGGUUCCUGUAUUUUCAGAAAAGAUGGAACCCACGUCAUUGAAAAAUGUGGAUCCUGUGUCCUCAGGCAAGCCAGAGCCCUCGGCUCCUGGGCAGGCAGAAUCAACGUCUGUGGGAAAGACAGAAGCCUUAUCAUCACGAGAGGACCCCAUGUCCUCCACAAAGGUGGAUCCCGUUUCUCUGGGAAAUACAAACACAGCAUCUUCUGGAAAGGUGAACCCUGAAUUGAAAGGAAGAAUAGACCCUAUGCCCUCAGGUCCAGAGAAUCCCAAAUUCAUGGGGACAGCAGGACCCUCAUCCUCUGUAAAAGCCAAGCCAGUGACUGGGGGGAAAGCAGACCCACUGUCCUCAGAGGAGGCAGGUCCUAUGGCCUCUGGCACGGUGGGUCCCACAGCCUCAGGGAAGGCUGAUCCCCUGGCCUUGGCCUUGAGCAAGGUAGACACUGUGAACAGAGGGAAAACAGAAACUGUUCCCCCUGGAGAACUGGACUUUGUGUCUUCAGAAAAAGCAGACCCCCUGACUCUAGGGGAAAAAACCGCCCUGGCACCCUUGGGGAAAGCAGAAACUGUGCCAGAGGGAAAGGUGGGUCCUGUGCCUCCGGAGAAGGGGAAUCCUAUGAACUCCAUAAAGGUGGAUCCCAAGGCCUCCGGAAAGGCAGAACCCAAGUCUGAGGGCAAAGCAGAAACAAAGCCCCUUGGGCAGGAGGGCCCUGCAGAAAAAGCAGAGGCUGCAUCUCUGCAGAAGGAAAAGCCGCUGGCCUUGGAGAAAGGGGAGCCAGAAUCCUCAGGAAAAGCAGGCUCCAUUGCUUCUGGGAAGGUGGAGCCUGGGGUCCUGGGGAAAGUCGACGCUCCAAGAAAAGCAGAGCCCUCACCCUCAGGGAAGUUGGCCUCUCUGCCUCUGGAGAAGGCGGAGGCUGCCUCCUCCAGGCCGUCAGAUGGCAAACCCUCCGGCCCAGGCCCUUCUCCCGCGGGUCCCGGUAGCGGUGGAGGCCUCCUGGAACCAGCGCCAGCGCCCAGCACAGCGGCCUCCAGCCCAGGCCAGAAAGACCCGGUGCCCGCUGGGACUGAGAGAAGCCCGGGACCAGAGGCUGCAGGGCCCCCUCCGGGGCCACGGACUCGCGACAACUUCACUAAGGCGCCAUCGUGGGAGGCGAGUGCCCCGCCACCGCGCGAGGACGCGGGAACGCAGGCGGGCGCACAGGCAUGCGUGUCGGUGGCCGUGAGCCCCAUGUCUCCGCAGGACGGCGCGGGCGGCCCGGCCUUCAGCUUCCAGGCGGCGCCUCGCCGUCCGGGCCCCGGCCGAGCGGGCUCCGUGCGCGCUGCGCCCCCAGAGGGUCCCGCCAAGCGUCCGCCUGGCCUCUUCCGCGCGCUGCUGCAGAGUGUGCGCCGCCCGCGGUGCUGCUCCCGAGCUGGACCCACGGCAGAGUGAUCUCCCCUUUUAUACGCCCGGGUUUCCAACCUUUUCAGGUUCCCUUUUUGACCCCAAGCUCCUAGAAAGGAUCCCCUCGACCGGCGGGAGGGCUCCGAGGGGCGGGCAGCCUCUAGGGCCUCCUCAUCCUUUUCUUUCCUGCCUCCUCCCCUGCCAACCACACAAAUGAACCCUCACUACCCAGCCCCCUCGUGGUCAUGAGACCGCGAACCCAGCCCUGACACCGCCCCUGUCCUCUUACAGCUCUCAGCUCCACUCCCUCCCCAUCACGCUGGGUGACCUCGAGGACCUGCUCAGCAGGCCCAGCCCUGAGAGCUGAGGCAGGCUCCUGAGAUGUCCAGAUUGGUAGGCUAAAGUCUUCAGUGGCUGCCCGGUCCCCAGAACAGGAGAGACUGUACAAAAGCUCCGAGUGUGCAAGGACUGUGUGUGAGUUCCUGAGUGCGCAGGGCGCCAAAUGUGAGGCCCCUGAAAGAGAGUGAGUGUGUGUCCAUGCAGUGGGCUGGCCCCCAUGGCCCGGGCAUGUCUUGCAUGCUGGUAGUCGUCCCCACUUCCUGUUUCCCUUUCACCCGGCCCAGCCCCCAGCCCUAUCUCCACCCUCACUGGACACUCUUCACCAUUCCUGACAGGGGGAAGGCAGCUGCAGGGGUGCCCUGGGGUCGGGGGCACAUUUGUAAGAGUCUCAGAAAGGUCAGAGGCUCUCAGACAAGUCUGGGAAUCACAGACAGAAGCUCAUGGAAGGUCUUGGUCCCAGGCAGCCUGACAGCUGGUCUUGGGUAUUGGGGGCAAGACGGAGAGCUCAUUCUACAAUCAGUUGUCCUUUAAAGGCUGCCCUCUCCCACCCCUCAUCCCCCCUGUGCUGUGAGCCCCAUAAGUCCCUUGUGACCACUCAAUCCCCUUCCCCCCCCCCCUCCAGCCACAGUUUUUGGCUACAAACUGUCACAAUAUACAUUGGUAAUAAAAGUUUCCCCCAACUGUUGUCAGCUGUGAUUGGCUACAGCAGAAGGGGGCAGAGCAGCAUGAUA